AUGGCGCUCCGACCCGCCCUCCUGCUGCUGCUCGCCGUUUCCCUUGGCGCCAGCGGCCAGAUCCUGACUGACCCGGAGGCUCUCCCCAGAGGCUGCGGCUGGGGCCUCAUGCAGCCCUACACGCUCCUCUGUGACCUGGACUCGAUUUGGGGCGUGGCGGUGGAGUCGGUGGCGGCCGGCGGGGUGCUGGCCGCCCUCCUGCUGGCCCUGGUCCUGCUCUGCCGCUUGCGCCACAUCAGCGAGGCGGACAAGCGCAGCGGCGUGGGCCCCGUCCUCCUGCUGCUGCUGGGCGUCGUGGGCCUGUUCGGCCUCAGCUUUGCCUACCUUAUCGAGGAGGACGAGACUCUCUGCCUGGUGCGCCGGGCCCUGUGGGGCCUCCUCUUCGCCGUCUGCUUCUCCUGCCUGCUGGUCCAGGGCGUCCGCCUGCGCCGGCUGGGCCGGGAGCGGCGGAGCCCCGGCGGCUGCGCGCUGACCGGCCUGGCGCUGGGUCUGAGCGCCGUUCAGGGCAUAAUCGCCGCCGAGUGGCUACUCCUAACGGUGCUGAGGGAGGGGAGAGCCGCCUGUCAGUACCUGCCUUUGGACUUCUGUUUGGCCUGCAGCUACGUUCUGGCCCUGCUGCUCGCCGCGCUCACGGCCGCCUCGCUGGCGCUCUGCGGGAAGACGCACCAGUGGCGCUGCAAUGCUAUCUGGCUGCUGGUCACCUGCCUCCUGUCCCUGCUGCUGUGGGUGGCCUGGUUGGGCUUCUACCUGUUCGGCAAUGCCUGGCUCGGCCGGUCCCCCGAGUGGAACGACCCGGCGCUGGCCAUAGCGCUGGUGGCUCAGGGCUGGCUGCUGCUCAUCUUCCACGCCGUCCCCGAAUCCCACGUCUGCCUCAGGCCCCCGCCGCAACCCACCGCCCCGGACUACUUCGACACAUCCCAGAACUCAACACGGAUGAGGGAGACGAGCUUCGACGAGGACAUCCCUCUCUCCCACAGGCAGUUCGUGGAGAACCAGGGCUACGGGUACAACGACGAGAACACUGCAGGCCUGAGGAGCGGUGGUGGUGCCGGGCAACACAGCGGCAACACCGGCGCCAGGCCCAGCGCUCCAUUCCGCAGCAACGUGUACCAGCCCACCGAGAUGACCAUGAUCCUGAACGGGGGAGCGGUGAGUACAUCCUCCCAGUCGCAGGUACACGCCGCUUACACGCCGCUCUCUCACUCGACCACGCCGACAAGACUGCAUGCACAUUUGCAGGAUGUCUUCUCUCCUCACUAUGCUAGCGCUCAAGUGGAAACAUUUGGCUCUGUCCUCCAUCCAUCCAAACUGUACGAGAAGACAGAGCACAUGGGCGACGGCACAGCUCGAGCACCGCCCUUUUCAAAAACAAUCCAACCACUAUGGGGGUCCAUGUACAGCAAAUGA